AUGUUCUACCGCGAAGGCAGUCGCAUCAUUGGAGUCUUAUGUGAUUGGGACCUCGCGAAAAGAGAUAUCGAGCAGGGAAAUCUGGAUGAUAACGACGACGAUAUCUUGACUGGGAUCUCCACUUCUCACUCGUCUAUGGUUUCUGACACACCUCGAAGCCAUGCUCCCAUUCCCGAAGAAGAAAAAAUGCGACAAAAUGAUGCUGGUGAUGUCACGCCACAGGAGGACGGUAAGAAAGCCAGAGGUGUGGGUGGUCAGGACACAACGCAAGGACAGAUCCGCCAGCCAACACGGUAUCGGACUGGAACGGGACAGUUCAUGGCACAUGAGUUACUCGCCAGCGAAAGACCACCAUAUCAUCGAUACGCACAUGAUCUCGAAUCAUUCUUUUUUGUCCUCGUAUAUGUCUGCGUUGUAUUCAAUCCCACUGCUCACAAAUUCGGACAUCCCAAGGCUUGGGAGCAUCCCGAUCUGAUGGUAAUCGGAGAAAAUAACCUUCGAUUUCUUACACAUUAUGAUACUUACGAAAAGACGAUUGCAACAACCCAUCCGGACUACAAGGGACUGGUUGAUUCAUGGGUUCGGCAUUUUCGAGGUGGCAUGUUCUUCGACGUUGGGCAACGUAAUGUCAAAAUCCGCUGGUUGCGUAACCAACGGCAUCAACAAGUCCUGAAUGCUUUGGACCUCAAAAGGCCCGUGAAGGUGGACUCGUUGACGACAGAGAUCGCUGCGGUUUUACGGAGCAGACGCGAGCUGGUCACGUACGAAAAAUUCAUGGAUUUACUGAAUGAGACAUCCGACUACGCUUGA